AUGCCUGCAGGAACACCCAUGCAUCCAGGUAUACCGAAAGACGUCGUCGCUAUCUUUCACACCUCCUUCCAUCCGACGAAAGGCAACGUUUUGGACUGGUGCUUGAAGGCCCCAGGCUGGGAAGACCUCCAAACCGACAACCUAGGGCUAGAAUUCAGCGCCCUACCCAGCGGGUUACAUCAACUCGACGAAGACAUCGUUCACUUCACCUCGUGCAUCAAGCCAUCAUCAACAGCGUCAUCUUCAACCAGCAAACCGCCCGAUCCUCCCAAACUUCUCCACGCCCUCUCGCUCUUUCGGCGACGCCGCACACCCAACCCGACGUAUCGUGGGUUCCUCCUCAGUGCUCUUGGAAUCUUGGUCGUCCCGAGUUACCCGGAUUGUAGCGGCCAGCGAGGAGUGAAGAAGCCAAGACCGUGGCGUCAUGUCGAGGCGCUAAGAGCCGUCGCAGAACGCUGUUAUAGUCGACCCGGAAGCGACCCAAGCGCGACACCAGAAACCGGUAAACUCGUGGACGUUGACGCCGCGGCAGAAGAGUGGUAUGAACCAGCACGAAUCUUCCUUGCGGACUACGGCGUCGCCUCCCCAAACUUCCGCGACUAUCUCGCGCAAGAUGACGACGCUUCAGAACCAACGCCAUCAGAUUCGGCUGUACUGGACGACCUGCGCAUCGAAAUUGCAGUCUCGAACGCCGCGGAUAGGCAGCAUAUACCCACCCUCCAACUCCCCAGUCUCCUUACGCUCCUCGGCCCCUCGAGCGUCACGCUCUUUCGUCAUUUGCUCGCCCGUAAACGUAUCAUGGUCUUCACGAAUGUCCCCGUUGGUCCUGCAUGCACCAUGUGCUACGCGAUGGUGGACAUGGUUCGCGCGGUACAGUCUAACGAUCCGACGGACGACGAUGUGACUAUUUCCCCGCGCCAUUCCGCUCCUGUCCGUGUACUUGGGAUGCUAACCCUUAAUGACCUCGUCAGCGAAACCAAGAGCGGACUCCUGGAAGACAAAAUCGAAGAAGGGCGUGGCUGGGUUGCAUGCACAACCGACGCUCUGUUCCUUGAGAAACCGCAAUAUUACGACCUCCUUAUCGACCUAACUGCGCUAUCUACCUACUCUACCCUAUCGUCUUCCGCUUCAUCUUCGGGUCUUUACUCCACCACGUCUCGAUCCUCGUCAUCUCCAUCGUCAGGACCGUCAUUAGAUUCCAACGGAAAGAAGCCGUCCAACCUCGCAUCAAAUCGACCACGACCGACGUUUUACGUCUCAAAACUUUCCAGUAGCUCAGGAUCCCGUCCUUCGUAUAAACUGUCCCAGACCCGUUGGGCUUGGUCGGACGUUCGAUUAUGGAGCGAAAUCGACCGUGUACUGCGAACGGUCCAGAGUGACCUCCCGGCGCACGUCAUCUCCCCCCACUGCCAAGUCUGCAACCCCAAAUCCGAACCUUCAGUCACAGUCCUACAAUCUUCUUUAUCGAGUGGAUCGUCCUCGUCAGGAUCCAGCACCUCCACGACCAAACCCAAGAAACGCAAGGGGAAGAGUAAAAGCCGGGAACGAAAUCGGGACCGGCGUGCCUCUUCGUCGGGUGUUCCUUCCUCCCCACGCCCUCAGCACCAGCACCAUCGCCAUUCGCUUUCCGUUGCUCCGCCCAGAGAAGGGUCGGAGGGCUCGCAGCUGGGACGGAUACCGGCUAUUCCGACGAGCUUGGUGGACGCGUGGAAGGUGUAUGAGGAUGUGUGCUUGGUCUGCGCGGGAGUUUGGAUGGGUGCACUGUGUUCUAGGGCUGGAGCUGCUGGUGCUCCUGUUGUUGGAUCUGCGACGCAAUCGUCUGGUUCGACCACCCGUUCUACGAGCGCACCCUGCUGCGUCCCCCCUCGACCUACAUCGCCCUUGACUCUCCCUCCUGAGAUCGAUGGUAGUGGCGGGUUGGUACCUUCAAGCACGACCGGAGUGCAACUCGACGGCGACGAUGACAUCCUCUUGCGGACCGUCCGCGGUGCGCCUGGUAAGGCCCGCGAAGUCUCGACAUCAACUGCGAACACGGCGGCCAGCGAUAAGACUCUAGUAACCGCGAACCACCUAGAAGUCAAGUUUGACGGUGAAGCCGAAAACACUACCUCUGCCUCAGGCUCGACAACGACCAACUGGAGCACCGAAAUCAUGAUUACGCUCGGCUUACUCUACACCCUCGAGCGGUACGCUCGUUGGCAGAUCGGGGUCCUGCAUGCGUAUGUGCGGAGUUUGGUCGUUGCCCGCCGUAUGGAGCCCGUUAGCAACAAGGACGUCCUACUCGACGAGGACGGGAAUAUGGGUCUCAAACUCACGCUCACACCGAGGGAUGUGGUUCUCCUCGACUUGAACCCGCUCAGUUCAGGAGACGUCCGGUACCUCGAGGCUCUCGUUAGGGAGUACGCGGGGCAGGUGGUCGUCAAAGUGGAAGUGGAUACUCCUGAAGAUCAACAAGUGCAAUCUGACGAAGAGGAAGUGACGACGUUGCAGGAGGACUCGGGGAGGCAGCAGCAGGGAACUUCGACGACGAGAUCUAGAGGAGGGCAGAAGGAUGUUAAUAUUGAUUUGGUUGUGAAGCGGGGAUGGAGGGAUUUGGUUGGUGUUGUAUUUGGGUUUGUGUAG